AUGACUCAGAUGGAAUCCUCGCCUGUACCAUCCCUAGAGCCAAAAACCAUGGCUAAACGAGAAGACUCACCAGAGUCUCUUUGCGAGUCUCAAGAUAUUGAAUUCCGUUACCUGGAGCUGGACACACCCCUUCCAACGCCAUGUAUCAGUUUACCGCCGGGGCCCAAUCAGUCUCCGCCGCCUGAGCCACCCAGUUUGGAAAAAUACACGUCUCCUUUCCUUUGGCCCAAAUGGCGCAAGUCCAUGAUGACCUAUAUCGCCUGUGGCGUCACAGCACUGGCGGGUUAUGCGGCGGGUGAAGUCAGUCCUGCUUCGGAGGAAUUGACUGAAAUAUGGGGUAUCAGUACUGUGGUUUAUAAUUUGAGCAUCACGCUUUUCUGCUGUGGUUUCGCGCUCGCGCCAAUGGUGCUGGCACCGUUUUCGGAAAUUAAUGGACGGCGACCGAUUUUCAUCGCCAGCGGCGUGCUAUUUGUUGCCAGUUUGAUCGGCUGUGGCGGGACACAGUCUUUCGCCGGAUUACUCGUGGCUCGAUUUUUCCAGGGUGUUGGUGGCUCAACGUUCUCCACCAUGGUCGGCGGUGUAAUCAGUGACAUCUAUCACGCCCACGACCGCAACACGGCCAUGGCCCUCUUCUCGGCAUCUGCGCUCUUCGGAACUGGCCUGGCACCACUCAUCUCCGGUGUGAUUGUCACUCGAACCACCUGGCGCUGGGUCUUCUACUCGCAUGCCAUUGUUUCCGCGGCAUUCGUCGUCAUCAUUUUCUUUUUCUUCAAAGAAACCCGAGGCAGCGUCCUGCUCAGCCGAAAAGCCGCCAAGCUGAACAAGUAUUACGAGCAGCUGGAAGAAGCCGGUCAUCAUGGAGUCAUGCUGACCAGCGAAGAGUCGCCGGAUGAGAAGAGCAUUCGGCGCAUCAGAUGGAAGGUGAAGAGUGACGAGGAGCGAGCCUCGCUUCUUUCCAUGAUCAAGAUCUCGGUGUAUCGGCCAUUCCACAUGCUCUUCACCGAACCCGUCGUGUUCUUUUUCUCGUUGUGGGUAUCCUUCAGUUGGGCAGUUCUCUACCUGCAAUUCGGCUCUGUCCCACUCGUCUUCCGCACAAGCCAUAACUUCACAACUGAGCAAUCCGGCGCGGUCUUCACUUCGAUGUGCGUGGGCGUCAUCUUGAUCAGUGUCAUCAGUAUCUACCAGGAGCGCAUCGCCGCGCGCUUUGGUCUCAAGUCUGCCGCUGCCGAGGGUCGACUGUACUUUGUUUGUGUCGAAUCGGUACUCUUGCCUAUUGGCAUGUUCUGGUUUGGUUGGACAUCUUUCCCGUCCGUUCCUUGGAUUGUGCCUGCUAUGGCUGUUGGAUGUUCGACGAUGGGAAUUUUCUCAAUUUAUCUCGCCACUUUCAACUACCUCGCUGAUACCUACCACCGGUAUGCUAGCUCGGCGAUUGCGGCCCAGUCUUGCUGCCGAAAUCUGCUCGGUGGUGUAUUCCCACUAGUAACGAACGCCAUGUUCAACAACCUUGGAUUCCCCGAGGCAUCAAGUCUGCUGGGAGGAAUUGGAGCUGGUUUAACCUUGGUCCCCUGGGUGUUGGCCCUGUACGGACCCCAAAUUCGAGCCAAGAGUAAGCUCGCGAGUGAGCUCGCACACUGA